CCAGCUAACUCCUCAUUUUUAUUCAUUUCAUCUCAAUCUCCAACCAUUUAUUACUUCACUUUUCUGCUACCCUUCAAUACUGCUCACAGAAUCUUCUUCGUACUUUUAACAAUAAGUACCUCAAUUUCCAAGUCAAACUCGUACAAACAAAAUCCCCCAAUUAUUUCGCACCUUCACAUCAAAUCAAAAUCGAAAUCAAUUAAACCCUAGAAUCACUCUUCUUCACAUCUGAAUGCCUGCAAUUCUCUCUCUUCCAACAAGAUGACGACGCCAUGCAACUCUCAAUUCUCUCUCCUCCUCAAUUUCAUCUCUCGUCGACUUUACCACUCGUCUGGAUCAAUUGAUUCUACUUAUUGCAAUAAUUCUCAACAAAUUUUGAAGGAUUAUGCUAUUCGAGAGAUUAAUCUCUUGCUUUGGUUAACUUUUAUCGGAUUUACAGCUCUUUUGAUUAGGAAACUUGCUCUUAUUUUCAAAUUAUGGUCUCAUGGAAGUCGGAUUCCUGGUCCUCCUUCUCCUUCUUUCUAUGGUCAUUCGGUGCUUUUUUCUGGAGCUCAUCCUCAUGUGGAUCUCACUGAACUCUUGAAUAAAUCACAUGAGAAGUAUGGAUCAAUCAUAAAGCUGUGGCUAAGUCCUACUCAGCUUCUAGUGUCUAUAAAGGAUCCUCUAGUUAUAAAUGAAUUGCUGCUGAAGGCUGCCGAUAAAUUGCCUUUGAUAGGGAGGGUGUAUCGUUUGGCCUUUGGGCAGUCAAGCUUCUUUGUCUCUUCGUUUGAAAAGGUCAAAAGAAGAAGAGAAGCAUUGGCAGUGGAGUUGAAUGGGAAAUUGCUUGAUAAAGCAAAUGCAAUGACUGAUAGAGCUGUAGACUCUGUAAUGGAAAGAAUAUGUGACAUUAUGAACAAGGGAACCCUUGAUUGUGAAAUGUUUUCCCAACACAUGGCCUUCUCCAUCUUAGGAGCCACAUUUUUUGGUGAUGCUUUCUUUGUUUGGUCCAAGGCUAAUGCUUACGAGGAGCUUCUCAUAAGGAUUGCAAAGGAUGCUUGUUUUUGGGCAUCGUAUAAAGUUCCUCCAUUCUGGAAACAAGGUUACUGGAAGUAUCAGCAUCUGUGCACAAAGCUGAAAGCCUUAACUCAAGAUAUUGUUCAGCAGUGCCAGCUGAACUACAAAAUGCUGUGCCAACCCAAUUGCCACAACAAUCCUAAAACGAAUGGAGGGGAAGCUGCAUCUGAUAUAAGCUAUACUAAUGGUGUGGUGAAGCUUGAGAAUUCAAGCUCACAAGAGCCCUGUUGUCAUUUGAAUCAACGGGAAGAGUCCUGUGGAUAUGUCAUGGGAAUGAUGUUCCAUGGGUGCCUAACUACUGCUGGUUUGAUUGGCAAUGUCCUAGCCAGACUUGCAAUGCAUCCUGAGAUACAGGAAAAGGUAAAGUUUUUUGAUUCCAUAUCUCUAAAAGCAUUCUUUCUGUAUACAAUUUUGCACUCCUUGGCUGGUUCGCAGCUUGCAUUUGCUCCUGUGGAUGGUGGUAGCCUGAUAUAUGCAGAGGUAAUUACUGUAAGAAAGCGAUCUGAUAAGCUAAGAAAGCAAGAUGUCAGUGAGAUGCACCUCUUAUUGGCUACCAUGUAUGAAUCUGCUCGUCUCCUUCCUGCUGGACCUCUGCUGCAGAGAUGCUCUUUGGGACAAGACUUGGAUCUUAAGAAUGGGUUACACAUUCCUGCUGGAGCUCUGCUUGUUGCACCCAUACAGUUGGUUCAGAUGGAUGAAUUCAACUGGGGAAGUGAUGCUGCACAGUUUAAUCCAUACCGCUUUUUGUCAAAGUCUGAAAAGAGAUCUGAAAUUAGCAGAAGCUCCGAAACUACAGAUUCUGCUGAGAUGCCUCCAGAUUCGGGAGAGGGGUCAUAUAUCCUAAGUGAUCCAUACAAGAACGCUGCAUUUCUUCCAUUUGGUUCAGGUCUGCGUGCAUGUGUUGGCCAGAGGUUUGCUAUUAUGGGAAUUGCAUCUAUAUUUGCAUCACUGCUUGAGCAGUAUGAGGUAAAACUUCUACCUGGAUCUUAUAUGGAGCCUAAGCCAUUAAUGACCAAAUGUGUUCUUCAGCUUGUUCCCAGUCCAAAGAUAGUUUUUGUCAGACGUGACGCCUGAUUGUACCUCUGCCACGCAGCUACUGUUCCAACUGUACACUAGUUUGUUGUUCUUUAUCUGUGUUCAACAUGGUAAAGGAAGAUAUCUCAGUUUUCCAAGGUUGAUUUGGGAGAAGUCUUUUCUUGCUUGUUCGCUGUCAAUCGAGAGAUGCUACAUGAGUACAAUUUGGGUGCUCGUGUUUUUUUCUCCUCGCAUUUUUAAAUGGCCUGAAGUGCUGGUUUGGAUGCCGCAAUUUUAGACAGGUUUUGAAGCUUUCUGGCCUAGCAACGAGCUUUGUGAUUUUCCUCCCAACCUUUGGUUUUGUAAAGGGAUUGUGUCUUGUUUUCUUUCUUUUUCUCCGUAAGGAGUUUAUGUUGUAAAAUCCUGAUGUAAUAUAGCCGCAGCACUCCUCCGUUCAAUCUGUUGCAAUUCAGAUGAUGAUGUCUCAAGUGUAGUUCGUAAACUGUUUCAUUAUAUAUUAAUGUUUAUGUUGUCUUCAA